AUGGACUUCAACAUGAAGAAGCUGGCGUCGGACGCGGGCAUCUUCUUCACCCGGGCGGUGCAGUUCACAGAGGAGAAAUUCGGCCAGGCCGAGAAGACUGAGCUCGAUGCCAACUUUGAGAACCUGCUGGCCAGGGCAGACAGCACCAAGAACUGGACGGAGAAGAUCCUGAGGCAGACAGAGGUGCUGCUGCAGCCGAACCCCAGUGCCCGUGUGGAGGAGUUCCUGUACGAGAAGCUGGACAGGAAGGUGCCCUCGCGGGUCACCAACGGGGAGCUGCUGGCUCAGUACAUGGCGGAGGCGGCCAGCGAGCUGGGGCCCACCACGCCCUACGGGAAGACCCUCAUCAAGGUGUCGGAAGCCGAGAAGCGCCUGGGAGCCGCCGAGCGGGACUUCAUCCACGCAGCCUCCAUCAACUUCCUCACGCCGCUGCGCAACUUCCUGGAAGGGGACUGGAAGACCAUCUCGAAGGAGCGGCGGCUCCUCCAGAACCGGCGUCUGGACUUGGACGUCUGCAAAGCGCGGCUGAAGAAGGCCAAGGCCGCGGAAGCCAAAGCCGCGACGGUGCCUGACUUUCAGGAGACUAGACCUCGUAAUUACAUUCUCUCCGCCAGCGCCUCCGCGCUCUGGAACGAUGAGGUGGACAAGUCUGAGCAGGAGCUCCGAGUGGCCCAGACAGAGUUUGACCGGCAGGCAGAGGUAACCCGUCUCCUGCUGGAGGGAAUCAGCAGCACCCACGUGAACCACCUCCGCUGCCUCCACGAGUUCGUGGAGUCUCAGACGACGUACUAUGCGCAGUGCUACCGCCACAUGCUGGACUUACAGAAGCAGCUGGGCAGAUUUCCGGGCACCUUCGUGGGCACCACAGAGCCCGCCUCCCCGCCCCUCAGCAGCACCUCGCCCACCACCACGGCGGCCACCAUGCCUAUGGAGCCCUCCGUGGCCGGCCAGGCCCCUCCGGGGGAGGCUGCGCUCUGCCUGGAGGAGGUGGCUCCGCCCGCCAGCGGGACCCGCAAGGCCCGGGUUCUCUACGACUACGAGGCCGCGGACAGCAGCGAGCUGGCCCUGCUGGCCGACGAGCUCAUCACGGUCUACAGCCUGCCUGGCAUGGACCCUGACUGGCUCAUUGGCGAGAGAGGCAACAAGAAGGGCAAGGUCCCUGUCACCUACCUGGAACUGCUCAGCUAA